AUGGGUCCAUUGCACGAGUCUGGCAGGAUGGAUUUGGAUUUCAAGAACCAACUGACACUAACCGAUCCCCAUGGUCUGCGGCUUACUCAGGAGGCCGGAGAAUGGGUCUCGGUGUACCAAGCCUCCGCCACUGAGCUGGAGACAUGUAAUAAGGGGCUGUACACUGCUCGAUUUCUUGCCGGCACUUUUGGUCUCUUCACAGCAUUAGUCGUGAUCGGACUGAUCGGCUUGUUUCUGUUUUAUCGAAUCCGUACUCGCCUCCAGAAUAUACAGGAGCGAUAA